AUGGUCAUCUCUUCGACCCAACGCAUCGCAGGCCCAAACGAAGUCUUGAGCAUUCAGGAGCGAAGAGAAGCAAAGCCAGCUCCCAAGAUCUUUAACAUCUCUGAGCCGCCGUUCAAAGGCUUCCACCCCCCGCAGCCAGACGGCUAUGAACAGAGCAAGCAUUCGCCCGGAACAAGUGCAAUUGUGAUAGACAACGGCUCGCAUACCGUCAAGGCAGGUUGGUCCUUUGACAAGUCGCCGCGAUUUGUGCUUCCGCCCGUCGCCUCCAAGUACCGAGAUCGCAAGCUGAACAGGGCCUGCCAGUUCGUUGGCUACGAUGCAUACGUUGAUGCGACCGCCAGGGGGCAGAUACGGAACGCAUUUGACGCCGGGACAGGCGUGAUAGGCAACUGGGACGUGGUCGAGGGCUUGCUGGAUUAUAUCUUCCUCAAGCUUGGUGUAGACGGUGCAAACGGGUCUGUCAACCGUCCGCUCGUGCUCACAGAAACGAUAGCCAACCUGGGAUAUUCUAGAAAGAUCGCAUACGGGAUAGAUUCGCUCUUCUCAUACAGGUAUAACAACGGAACGGACGGGCUGGUGAUUUCGUCUUCACACUCGUCAACGCAUGUCAUCCCCGUACUCGGCUCAAAAGCACUCCUGUUCAAUUCAGCCCGUCUUAACUGGGGAGGCCACCAGAGCUCUGAUUAUCUGAUGAAGUUGCUCAAGCUAAAAUACCCUACAUUUCCGUCCAAGAUGACAGACAGCCAAGUGGAGGAGAUGGUGCGCGAACACUGCUAUGUUUCUCUGGAUUACGAUCACGAGCUGUCGAGGUACCUGGAUUGGACUGGUCUGGAGAAUCGCGAUCGUGUCAUCCAGUACCCGUACACGGAGCAUGUUGUAGUCGAAAAGACGGAGGAAGAGCUGGCCAGGAUCGCCGAGAGAAAGAAGGAGAGCGGUCGGCGGCUGCAGGAGCAGGCAGCCAAGAUGCGGCUUGAGAAGCUGGUGAAGAAGGAACAGGAACUAGAGUACUACAAGGGGAUCCAGUCACGGUUCGCUAACGAGACCAAAAAGGAGAUCAGACGGCUACUGGACGCAGAAGACAUGAAGGACGAAGCAGCACUGGACCGAACCAUCAAAGAGCUGGAGAAGUCUGUGAAGAGGUCGAGGAAUAAGGACCUCGGGAACGAGGAGAACGAAGAGGCUAUGGAAGAAGCCUCGUUCCCGCUUCUGGAUGUGCCGGACGAAGAGCUGGACGAGGCCGGUCUGAAGGAGAAGCGACAUCAGAGGCUUAUGAAGUCGAAUGUCGAGGCUCGACAGCGCGCAAAGGCAGAGAAGGAGAGAGAGAAGGCUCGAAUAGCAGAAGAGCAGCGGCUGGAUGAUGAGAAGCGAGAGAACCAGUUUGAUGCCUGGAUCGAGGAACGCAGGCAGGCUCGCGAGACGAUACUGCGCAAGAUCAAGCAGCGAGACCGCCUUAAGGCCGACGCAGGCAAUCGCAAAUCACUCGCGAGCCAAAUGCGAAUGCGCACACUCGCCAACCUGGCGGCUGACGGACCCAAGAAGCGCCGUCGAGGCGGCGAAGACGACAACUUUGGAGCCAACGACGAAGACUGGGGUGUCUACCGCACUGUUGCCACGGGGGAUGCCAGCGACGACGAAGAGGAAGAGGACGUAGAUGGCAUGCUCAAAUCCGUGGAGGAGCAGCUACUACAGUACGACCCGGAGUUUACAGAGAACCACACGCUCGAGGCGCAGACGGACUGGACCAAGAGCAUGAUACACAUGUUCCUGCGUGGGCCGUGGCCGUUUGACGCUGAGAGCCAGCGCGAAGCCCACCAGCUGCAUCUGAACGUUGAGCGCAUUCGGGUUCCGGAGGUGAUCUUCCAGCCUUCGAUAGCGGGUAUCGACCAGGCGGGACUGGUUGAGAUUGCGGCAGAUGUGGUCUUGCAGCGUUUCCCGGCCGCAGAGGACCAGCAGCGGCUGCUGAGAGAUGUGUUUGUGACGGGGGGUAAUACCUUAUUUGAAGGGUUUGAUGAACGGUUCCGGCGGGAGUAUCGGGGCGUGUUGCCUACGGGGGCAGAGUGCAGGGUCAGACGGGCUGGGGAUGCGGUGCUGGAUGCAUGGAAGGGAGCUGCAGCGUGGGCGGCGAGCGGCGAGCUGAAGACUGCUUCGGUCUCGAGACAGGAGUAUCUGGAGAAAGGCAGUGAAUAUCUCAAGAACAGGAACAUAGCCUGGGCAACGCUGCGUGAUUUUAAUAGAUGGAGAAGGGAAGAACUGUAUGAAUGGAAGCUGUUUGCGACGCUUUUAUGCCAAAAUAUAAACGAAACACAAGUCAACGCAUGA